GAACAUCCAAUCCCCUUCUCAACAUUGAAAUCAUUUUAGAUGUUGAGCUCAUUUGGAAUACCUGUACUAAAUUGAUAACAAUAUCUUCGGGACCUGUCUGCCUUCUUGGAAAAGCUGUUUUAAAUUCAGAUAUCUCAGCAAUGCAUAGACAGGAUAAUUAAAAGAGGAUAGUAUAAUAUUUGAGAAAGUCUUGAGGAGAGGUAGUUUUGUUAUCAGGGUGGAAGUAGCAUCGGACCCCGCCCCCGCCAUAUUAAGAACACUCCUUAUCAGCACCGCGAGAUUGCGUCCAUCGUUCGCAUGAAUCAAAUACACAACAUUGAAGAAGUAAGUGUCUCGUCAUAAAAUGAAAAAUUCUCAGUCUUUCAAGUCUCCGGAAAACUGGCUACAGCCCUCCAAGCGACACGUCAUUGGCUUCACUGCAUUCGUUGUCCUUAUCUUCGUCGUACAACUUCUACCAAACUUCGUGUCUUGGCAACUGACACCAUUGAUUGCCGGAGAGAUUGGUUUGUCCAAAUAUGAAAAGUUUCAGAGAUGCUCUGUAAAUACAUUUCUCGAGACCGGCUUGCCAUGGCUAGAAACAGCGUCACCGAUUGCACUCUCAGAAUUCGUCCAGCGGAGGGAUAAUCUAGCUGUCGCUCUUGAGAAUGAUGGAAUAGAUGCAUUUAUCGUUGAGCCAGGAUAUACAUUUCAGUAUUAUGCUAAUGUUAGUCAAAAGGCCUGGGAAGUUUGGGAGCCUGAAGAGCGACCGUUUCUCAUGAUCAUUACACCUCAUUUUGACAAAGGUUUGGGAAGAGUUGUUGCAAAAACAUCAUUUCUGGCACCCCAUUUCGAGGAAGGGAGAGUAAGAAUGCUCGGUAUGCCUUUCGAAGAGGACCUGUACAUCGUUACUUGGGAGGAACACUGGAAUCCUUAUUUGACGCUUUUGAAAAAUUGGCAUAUUGCCAUCGGCAAGAAAGAUGUAGGGCCCACUCAAGUGCCAAAGGUGAUGGUCGACGAAGAAAUGAGAGACUUCAUACAGAGAGGCCUUGGUGAAAAUGGCUUCGAAGUGGUGGGACUUGCUGGCAGUGUGAAACGAGUGAAGCAAACGAAAACAGUUGGUGAGGUAAAUAUCCUCAGGGCGGUCAAUACAGGGACUGUCGAAGCAUUGCGAGCUAUGAGGAAGUGUAUGGUGGCGGGCUUAACUGAAAAUGAGGUCAUGGAUGGACUUGACAGUACGAUGCGAGCUGGCGGGAUGGAUCCAUUCUUUGAUAUCGUGCUCUUUGAUGAGAAUGCUGCAAUGCCACAUGGUGGACCAAAUGGAAGCAAAAUCCUGGAAGAAGAGACCCUCGUGUUAAUUGAUGUUGGUUCUCAUCUAUAUGGAUAUUCUUCAGACAUUUGCCGAACAUUCUUUCCACCCUUCUUUUCGAAACCGGAAGAUUUUUCGCUUCUUUCACGAAUUGCCCAGCACAAAAUCGCGAUCUGGGAUGUAGUAUUCGAGGCACAAACUAAAGCUCUGGAUGCAUUGAGACCGCAUUCAUCAUGCGCUUCCGUAGAUAUAGCGGCUCGAACUGUCAUCACAGAUGCCGGCUACGAGAAAGCAUUUACACAUCGCGUUGGCCAUGGAAUCGGUAUCAAGGCACACGAGAGUCCUUAUUUGAACAAAGGAAAUAUCGAGGAAACCCUAAAUGCAGGCAUGGCGUUCACAUUAGAGCCUGGAGUAUACCUUGAAGAGAAGUUUGGGGUGAGGCACGAAGAUGUUUUUGUCGUGAGAGAGAACGGUGAAGCAGAUAUUCUGACGGGUUCUAGGGCGAAAGGCCCCUGGGAUCCAUGAUGCAGUGUGGAUGGGGGAUUGUAAUUGAAACAUAAGCGUUUGUCCGAAGCCCGAAAUAUGUUGCAGCAAUACACUGCAGGGUCGAUAUCGCCCAAACCAAUCAGUAGCUUAACGUUCGUAAUGAUCAGCCAAUGGAAACCGUUCCAUGUGACUAUUCAAGUUUUGUUGCACGUCGUAGGGCGAGAGGGCGAGAGGGCGAAGGAAAGGGCGAAGGGCGCGAAAGCCCGAGGCGUCAGGUGGUAAAGUAAAAGGGCGAGGGCCGACAAUUUCAUGUCAUUUUAUUAGCCGUUUCAUUGGCCA